CAAUUUCACACCGCGGGACACCUCUCACUAGACGACCAUGGACACCAUCAAGCGUGCUAUUUUUGUGGCGGGUCUGACCGCAACUUCUGUACUUGCACAAUGCAGCGCUCCAGAGUUCUUCAGCUCCUCCCAGAUCCUGGCCAUCGGGCAGAGGGCGUUCAGUGUGGUCACCGGAGGUGACGGAGGAUGCACGGAUGGUGGGCAGAGUGGAAAUGUUUUUUUGGUUCGCCCGGGAGACAGCUCCUUCAGUGCUAUCCCCAUGGGAUUCUUCGACGCGACCAGCAGCACGAAUCCCAACAACACUAUUCUCGCUCCUUCGGUAUCCAACCCUGGGUACGGAUAUCGGAUAAUCAUUGGUCCCGAUGCCACUUCCACACCUGUCGCGUUAUCGCCUACCUUUGCUCUUGUCACGGCCGACUGGCAAUCGCAGUCCUUUGAUGGUGUCGCUCUUGUAUUCCCCAACCCGCAGAGCGACAGCACCACGUGGACAAGCAGUGGCCAGCAAUUGAUUGCUUACCAAGCAUUUGAGAAUCUGGGAAUCAGCAGUUUCACAGCACUGCUGUAUAAUGCAGAGGAUGUCACCCAGUCGCCGACGACCGUGACCGACAGCGUUCCGAUCCCUUCCAUUGACCAAACCACAGACGAAUAUUUCUUCCAAAUACAAAACUCCCUCCCUACCGGAUCCAACUACCAGCUCGUUCUUGUGCCCUCUUCAGGAGAAACCGACAAGGUGCUGUCGAUGAGUGGCCUGAUUCAAAUCCAGGCUGGCAGUGGAGGACCCAACCCAUUCCCUUUUACUUUUACCCAAGUUCGCACCAUCAAUGGUGAUGCUGCGCUUCCGACUGCGACGUUGAUCGCUACGGUGACCAGCAAUUCUAACGCUUCCUCAGCAAUCAGCACUUCAGCAUCCAACACCACUUCUAGUUCUUCAACCUCGACUACUACGACAUCCGCGAGCUCCACCCCCAUAACCAUCAUCACGGACGGCACCACGCUCAUUAUCACAGCAACUGCGCCGCCAUCUCCAAAUGCCGGACUUCCCUCUGGUUCAGUGGGCAACAACGGCACGCUUCCCAAUGGUCUCUCCACUUCUGGCGCUGCCCCAGUGUCUCACAGCGGCGGGACGACUCUCGCGCUCACACUCGCUGUCUCGCAGCGGUGGGACGACUCUCGCGCUCACACUCGUUUCUUUCGUUGCAUUGUUAGUUCUGGUUUAAUUGCCAAUAUCUAGGACAUGUUGAUACCAACAUCUGGCGCUGCGCCAGUGUCUCGUAGCAGCGGGACUAAUCUCGCGCUCACACUCGUUUGUUUCUUACGCAUAGUUCCUUGUUGUUUAAUUGUCGAUAUCCAGCAUAUGCUGAUAUCUACCUCUGGCACUGCGCCGCUGUUCCACAGCAUGACGCAUGCGCUCACACUCGUUCUUUUGCUGCACGGUUCCUUCUUGUAGAAUUAACAAUAUCCUGGACAUUUUGAUAUCCCACCUGAUAUCCCACUUUAUCACAAUUGAUAUUUUGAACGCC